CGAAAUUCGUGGUUACCCGUGUCGUAAGCCACGUGUUGACAAGUGCAGAAAAUAUUUCCUCCUCGAAAGCUCGAGUCACAAAGGGAGAGAGAGAGAGACAUUCGAAUAAAAUCCCUAGAAUUCAACACCCAUCUUUUCCUCGCGGGAGUUGCACGUUGGAUUCUCCUCGCGGUAUGUGCUUGUGCGCGCGAGAAGUGAAAGCCAUGAUCGCGAGAGAGGCUGGAGUAGAAUGUAAAGAAGCUACGGAGAGGUUGGCGUUUGUGUGUUUCGUGUAUACACAAGAGAGGGAAAACCAACAACUAACCAUCCAGUCACUCGAAGGCAAGCUCGAAGGAAUGUUCACCGUCGUCCUGUCACAUUGACCAGACGUCCGUUUAAUCCUGCACAUUUUCCGACGGCGAUUCCAACGUGGGAUUGUGACUGACACUUCAACGAGUUUCACAAAUAAAUGUAUUACAUACGAUGAGAUUCGCCUGACAGAACGUCAUGUCGCUCAAAAGUCUCAUUCUCCUCGUGGUUCUCGCUUGUGUCGGAGAAUCGGUUGCUCAAGUUUACAAGGCGAGCGGACCGUCCGCACCGGCUCAGGAAAUCGCUCGAGCCGCUCAACCGGAAGCACCGCCGAAAAAUGACUUUAUCACGCAAACGGUUUACGGCUUUCUGGAUUUCACAACUACCAUUGGCAACACGGUGAUGGUUUUUAGUCCUCAGAGCGCACCGCCCGAAGGGGCCAACAAGGUCGAGGAGAAGCCGGCGAGCCCACCACCCAUCGAAACUAAGCCCUCCGUACCAUCGAAGAAGAUCCCCAAUAUCCAGGCCAGCAAAACUCACAAGCUUGAUCCGCAGCCGGAAACGAAGAAACAAAAUGUCCACAAAGGCACCAAAGUCGUCGUCAAUUCUGUCGUCGAACAGAACUCGCGAAAUGAGUUUGCGACUCCUGUUAAGAGCCAGAAAUCCCAUAAUCUCAUAGAGCCAUCGACCAAGAGUCCUGUCCUUUCGUCCGUAGUCGAAGUUCACGCGCAACCCGAUAUCCCGGGCGUGAAGAACAACUUGGCCGAGCCUGAGUACGACUUUCUUUCGAAACAGCCAACGGAAGUCGUCGAUGAAACGUACAAGCUCAUCAAUCUGAAACCGUCGUCGAAGCCUGCCUCGAAGCCACGUCCAUCGCCUAAAAAGGAGAAAGAGAAUCCCACAGGCUUGGUCACUAAACUGGGUGGAACAAUCGUCAAGGAUGGUCUCACCACCGUUCACGAGACAAGCGUCAUCGGCACUUACAUUAACGGAAAAUACGCCCAGGUCCUUCAGAGCACUUCCAGAAUUAUCAAAAGUGCACCAGCCCCACUCGCAGAAGGCAAAAUUCGCCCGUCGAGUACUCAAAGGAUUCUCAAAACCAUUGGACCUCAACAUGGAAAACUCAAACCUCAACUCGAACCGACGCCCACUCAUCAACAGGAGGAAUCCUCCUUACCGCUCGAAGGGCUUUUCAAUGCACCCGCAGAAGCUGCAGUUCGAACGACCCGGAAACACUCAGGAAAUCAUGCAGCACGUCCCAAAUUCCGUAAUAAAAUAAUCGACGAUUUCGAGAGCAACGAGGCGUCACAACAAGCGCAACAACCGAGAAAUCUUAGCGGUAAAAGUCGUCCGACAAAUGCAAGACCAUCGUACAAAAAUCGUCAGACGACGACAACGACGGAGAGUCCACCGACGAGCCGCCGGCGAAGUAGUUACCGUCCGAGCAACAACAAUCAACCGAGUCAACCAGCAAAAUCAGUAAAAAGCAGACCGGAACAAUCGUCCUCGGUUUCGACGAAUCCGGUGCCAAAAGUAAAAUUGCCCCGAACUCAGGGUCGUUGGUCAUACAAGACAACGCCCAAGCCGAGAAUCGCGAUUCGGAAGCAGGUCGAGGAAGAGGAACGUUUACCUCUGACGUCAGAGGCCUCGCAAUUGAAAAGUAACGAAGCAUCGUCAACUUCGUCGAACGUUCAGCAGCUAGAGGAAAAAAAUCAGCCGACAGUGCCGAGCAGUCAACGGAAAAUUCAGGAAGGCUCCUACGACGACGAGCUCGACCCCAGCGAAACCGAGGAAGUUUCGAUCGUCCAGGAACAACAGCAACAGCCGCAGCAGGGCCAGCAACAACAACAGCAACAAUCGCCUGCGCAACAAGCCGCGGAACAGAUACUUCCGGUCGAAACGAUGAACAUCGAAAUCUCAACGCCCGCCGAUUUUGACGAUAUUUAUUUCGAAAUCGCAACUAUAAAGUCACCGUACACCUUCCAGGUCGGAACGAUGAGAAAUACUCGUUACGUGACGGUGACGUCGACGAUAAAGAAGACUUUCGCCAGUGCUGAGGUUCCGAACCCGAGUUCAAGCCCGAGUGUUUCCCCAACGGAGCCAUUGACCGAGAAUAUUCUCGUCAACACCGGAGCGGCUUACGAGUCGAGUUUACCAUUGGAUUCGUCGAUAGCUACGUUGCCGGCAAUAACCUUAGAGUCGGGCCAAGCGACGCCUCCGCUGGAAACUCUCACGGAAACGUUUUCAACGACUCAGACACUGCUGAAGACUCACAUGUUGCCGGUUGUUUCCGGUGGUAAUACGACGAGGCUCACCCUCGUACAAACUUACAAUAUAGCACGCCUCGUGACCGCUACGAAGACCUUACCACCGAUGGAGAUUUACCAGUUUAUACCGAGCAAAACGCUGAACGAGUUCAAUUCGAAGCUCGACGAAGCUGGUAGCGAGCUUCACCUCGAGCUCGAUUUUGGUGAGGACGAGCGUGACGACGAAGACGUACCGAAACGCGUCGUAGUCCCGAAUACAAACGAGGCCGAAUCUGAGCUCGAAGUUUUUCGAAAUCAAACUGCUUCCUCGUCAGCCGCUUUGACAGCCUCCCAAUUGUCGUCGAAAAGCAAAUUGGAACACGUAGGUUUACCACCGGAGCCACAAUUGACGCCGGAACAGAUUCAACAAUUGGCGCUCCUCAAAUAUUUCGGCGCUCCACCACCGCCUCAUCAGCCACAGGUUAUUACGACUUCGAGACCCGUGAUCGUUCUGGAGACCGUCUAUGAGUCGCACGUCAUACCUCUCAUAAACGGGCCCAAUACCGUUUAUUCGACCCUCUCCAGACCGAUCGCCACGGUCCCGAAGACUUCCUACGAAUACGGAACUUCCACUAUAGCUCCGAUUAUUCCGCAGCCCCAAGUACCGCAAGUGCCACAACUUCCGCAGUUGUAUCCGCAACAACAGCCUCAAUUUACGGUCACCAGUGCACCUCACGUUACACAGACUGUCGCGACCGUCUCCGAAUCCAGGGUUCUCAAACUCACCUUCGGUGCUAAAACUGCCUACACGACGCUCUUCUCAACCAGGGUCGUACCUACCGAAAUCACCACGUACGUCACCUCUACCGUGCCUGUCCAACCGACCGUUCAAGCCUUCCCUGGAUAUUAUCCGCCUCCCGUGGGAUAUCCUCCCUUCCCAUUUGUCGGUUAAUCAAUCACUCUUUCUACUCGCUUCCCAAUCGGAUAGACGCCGAGAAUCAAGCUUGAAAAAAUUGCCAACCGGUCACAGUAGUGAGAUCGAAGUCUUCAUGUUUUUCAUUCGUGUUGUUAAAAUGAAUUUGUUUAUACGUAUAAAUACGGUUUGUCGAGUUAUCGCAUAGCGUUACGCUCAAUUUCACGGUAGGAAUUACUCUUCGUUUAUUUCAUCAGUACUAAAUUUCCCUAUUGGAGGUUGCACAAAUUUUCAAAGUAUUCGCAGCCAGCUCUGAAAUUAUGAGAAUUCGUGUUUAUGUUUAACAGGAAUAAUCUGAAAUUAUUCAUCUUCGACAUCAUUAUUGAGCAUCAAAAGUUUUACUUUGUGGCUAAAUAUUUUGAGGUUUUGUUCAACUGUUCACUAGCGAAAUCCUACGCAAUAUAACAUCCGAUUGGGAACUCGUUUUUCACCUAACGGAGCUGCCGACUUUCAUACUGUCACAAAGAAAACAAAAUUCUUGAAAUUUUCGUCACAAAUAUCAGAUCUUAGUCAAAAUGGAUUGCGUUUUAUUGGCAAAAAUCCGUAAUUACUUCGUAAUUUAAUUAUUAUCAAGAAUUCCAUUACGAUUAUCUAACGGUACCGUAAAAGUUGAAGAUUUUCAGACUUUUUGAAAACACUUCUCGUUUUGUUUCGUCCGAAAAAACUGUUUCUCCCUCUCGGUCAAUUCCAAUUGAGAUUUUUUUUCACGUAGCGCGCUACAACUAUGAGCCAUUCGGAUAUUUUCUGUCAAAAAGCGUUGUGAGUAAUUCUAAAGGAAUAAUUAUAUUGUCAGAAUUCAUUGGGGAUGCGCAAACAUUUUCUCACGAACUCAACGAAACGUGAGCUUUUUCGUAACGAUGUAUAAAUGAUUCUACGUUCAAUCAUAAUGCCAGUUUUAAUGGAGAUUCUUGAAUGACGAAUUUUUCUCAAUGAAGACCAUCUAACGAGGGUCCAGAAAGUCUUUACCAUUGACGAAAGGCAGAACCAUGCUUUUGGCAACUGGACAUCGUAAUAUUGUAAAUAAUUUAUUCAUUAUAGUACUUUUCUAUCUUUAUUAUUAUAUUAUUAUAUUGUUCUUAAUAUUAUUAUUGAUAUUAUCAUGUACGCCACAUACGAAUGAUUUUGUAAAUAAACUAAAAAAAGGAAUGACCUCGACUCUGA